CAUUUCAGCAUCAACGUUUGGGAAAAGCACCGUGGCUGAAAACUUUGUUAAAAAAAAUGGAAAAACCAACUGGCUCACCAACUUUAUCCGCGUAUCCGCUGGCAAGAUAAUGAACAACAACGAUGGAUCCCCUUGUCUUCUCCCUGGAUCUAUUUGCUCUCUGACAAUGGCGUGGGAGGAAAAUAAAAGCCCGACUUGCACGGAGUUCCAUUGAAAGCAGAUACAUGUAUAUUUUUUUACUCAUGGAGAAAGGAGCGAGAAGAAGUCGGGAGUCAUGAGCACAGGUGUAAAGAAGCCCCCAUUAGCUCCCAAACCAAAACUUCCCGUUCCAACCAAACCACCCAUCGCCCCAAAGCCGUGUCCGCUCUCCCAGCCCUCCCCUUCCACCCUAAAGAGGCCGAAGCCAGCUGUCGCUCCUAAACCAUGCCUCCCCAGAUCCACGGCCUCCUCUCUGCCGCCUGUUUCGCCCCCGCCGCCCAAACUGGCCGAGCCCCUCGCCGUCUCCCAGGAGGAGGCUUCGCAUGAGAACCUGCUUCGUCUCAACUGCAGGAAUGGGAUGUUGUCCGAGUCCGAUUACAUCAUCCCCGCGCGCUCCUGCCCCCUGGGGGAGUCCGGCGAGUGCCGUCCGCGGGAGAACGGGAACGCGGGCGAGUCCCCCGCGGAUCUCCCCGGGGAGCCGCUGCACAACGGGGUUUCGCCGGCGGACGAAGAGGCGCAGAAGAGGCCGGCGGCUGCUUACGCGGGCGAGAGGAUCAGCAAAACGCCGAGGGAUAAACCUCGAAGACACAGACACCUUGAUAGAGGAUCGGUCAGCAAAGAGGCACAGAGGGGGAGAAAACAGGAGGAGCUUAAUGGUUCAGACGUGCUGACCGACGCCCAAACGACAGCCUGUGAUGUUGCCGGCGACAUCCUGACCCGCAGCGCCCCCCCACAGUCCUCGCCGGGUCAGCCUAAAGGCGAAGGCGGCGAUUGCCGGACGUUUCCAGAAUGCUCCCAACCCGAGCUGCAGGUCCCCGCCGCUCCCAGCAAGCCCCUCCCCGUCCCCCACCCACGGAGGCUCAGGAAGCCAGCGCUGGUGAGGCAGGACGGCGUGGAGGGCGCCGCUCCGGCCGAGGAGCAGAGAAGUGAGGCGGCGCCCCGGCAGGCUGAGAGCGAACCGAGCCCGGCUCCUCCGUCUCAGGGGACGGAGGACGAGGAGCUCCAGCGGGGCGAGGAGCUCCAGCGGGGCGAGGAGCUCCAGCGGGGCGACGCCGAGGGAGACCCGGCGGCUUCAGAGACCGACGUGCCCGUCCCGCCUCCCCGGCAGACCUCCCUCUCCCCGAGCCUGCACAGAACCGCGCGCUGUUCGCUCAACAAAAACGCCUCGCAGUCCCUGGACCUGCUCUCCCAGCAGGACGCCGAGGGCAAAGACGCUCAGCAGGCGGAGGAGGACGAGGAGGAGGACGGGUACGGGGACUUUGAGCGCUACCCGAUCUCCCACAGCCUCCCCAAGCAGAUCAAGCUGGGCUGCCACCCUCCGCUGGCCGCGUCUGCCGAGGACCAGCGGUCCCCGCGGGCGCCGCCGCCGAGGAAGCCUCAGAGACACAGCCUGCCGACGCCGCCGCCGCCCUCCUUCUGUCCCCCUGCGCCUCCUCAUGCCAGCACCCCCAUGAGAGAGCUGCCCCCGCCUCCCCAGGAGAAAGCCGCCUGGCGCUUCUCGCGGCCCUGCGUCUCGUUUUUCAGCCGGCAGAUCCCCGCCCGGAGCAGCGUGCCCCCCAAAGGCCGCGCGCCGACGCUCGGGGGCAAGCAGAGGGCGCAGUCCUUCUCCGCGGCAGACCUGGCAACCCGGGCCAGCUCCUCCCAGAAGAGGAGCCUCUCGUUCCGCAAGCUGCUGGAGCUGCGGCUGUCUGUGAAGAUGCUGCCAAAGCUGCUGGCCAAAGGGGGCCAGUCCCUGGACUGCGCCGGCACGGAGUCCGGCAAAAGCCCGGGGCGGCCCAGCAGCUGCGUGGAGGACGCGGACAUCCGCAGGGACGACGUGGAGUACGAGAACGUGCCGCUGUACGAGGAGAUCCCGGAGUACAUGAACCUGCCGUUCCACGGCGCCAGGCUGGGCUGGCCGCACGAGUCCGAGGGAGGCGACGCCGACAUCUACGAGGUGCAGGACCCCUUUCACAGAUGCAGCGAGCAUGAGUACGAGAGCGACUGGCUAAAGGACGAUGUCCACUCCGAGGAGGAGGAGGAGGAGAUGCACAGUUCAGACGAAGAGGACAACAGCUCCACCUCCAGCAAGGAGCAGCUGGACGAGGCAGACAGACAGCAGGAGGACGAGAUGAAGAGGAAGAAGGUGGUGCACAUUGCCCAGGAAAUCAUGAGCUCAGAGAAAGUGUUCGUGGACGUCCUAAAGCUUCUGCACAUAGACUUUCGGGAUGCUGUUGCAAAGGCGACGCGUCAGAACGGGAAGCCGGUGGUGGACGAGCGGAUCCUCAGUCAGAUUCUCUACUACCUGCCGCAGCUGUACCAGCUGAACAAAGACCUGCUGAGAGAGCUGGAGGAGAGGGUGGCACACUGGAGCGACCAUCAGAGGCUGUCGGACAUCUUUGUCCAGAAAGGUCCCUAUCUGAAGAUGUAUUCCACCUACAUCCGCCAGUUUGACAACAACGUGGCUCUGUUGGAUGAGCAGUGCAGGAAAAACCCUGCAUUUGCAGCUGUCGUCCGAGAAUUUGAGAUGAGCCCGCGAUGUGCCAGCCUGGCUCUGAAACACUACCUUCUGAAACCAGUGCAGAGGAUCCCUCAGUACCAGCUGCUGCUCACAGAUUAUCUGAAGAACCUCCCUGAGGACUCUGAGGACUACAAAGACACACAAACUGCGCUCAGCGUCGUAAAGGAAGUAGCAAAUCAUGCGAAUGACAUCAUGAAACAAGGGGACAACUUUCAGAAGCUGAUGCAGAUUCAGUACAGCCUCAACGGCCAGCAUGAGAUCGUUCAGCCAGGCAGGGUGUUUCUGAAGGAGGGCACUCUCAUGAAGCUGUCCAGGAAAGUCAUGCAGCCGCGGAUGUUUUUUCUGUUCAACGACGCUCUCAUGUACACCACGCCGGUCCAGUCCGCCCAGUACAAACUCAACAGUGUCCUCUCCCUGGCUGGAAUGAAGGUGAGCAAGCCCAGCCAGGAGGCCUAUCAGAACGAGCUGAACAUCGAAAGCGUUGAGCGCUCCUUCAUCCUGUCCGCCAGCUCGGCUAAAGAGAGAGACGAGUGGCUGGAGGCCAUCGGCACGGCCAUCGAAGACUACACCAAGAAGAAGAUCACCUUCAUAUCGAGCCGAAGUCAGGAAGAGACAGAAGGCGUUGUGGACAGCGGCGCCCCUUUAGGUUCUAAAGCCCCCAUAUGGAUCCCUGACCUGAGGGCCACCAUGUGCAUGAUCUGCACCUGCGAGUUCACCCUCACGUGGCGGAGGCAUCACUGCCGGGCCUGCGGAAAGGUGGUGUGUCAGGCGUGCUCCACCAAUAAGUACUACCUGGAGUACUUGAAGAACCAGCCGGCUCGCGUGUGCGACCACUGCUUCGCCAAGCUUCAGGAGAACAGUGACCGCUGUGCCUCGUCGUCGACGUCUCCCAUUAAAUCCGGAGCCUUCUCCUUCACCAGAAAGCAGAAGAAGAUUCCUGCUGCGCUAAAGGAGGUGUCGGCCAACACAGAAAACUCCUCCAUGAGCGGCUACUUGCACAGGUCCAAGGGCAACAAGAAGCAGUGGAAGAGGCUGUGGUUCGUCAUAAAGAACAAAGUUCUGUACACCUACGCUGCUAGCGAGGACGUGGCGGCGCUGGAGAGCCAACCCUUGCUGGGGUUCUUCCUGAGGGAGGAGAAGAACGGGCCGGCGCAGAAGCUGCAGUUCAAGCUGUAUCACAAAAACACGCUGUUCUACAUCUUCAAGGCGGACGACAUUCCCACGGCACAGAGAUGGAUCGAAGCCUUCCAAGAGGCAAUGAUUCUGGAGCAGUAGUCACUCCUAGAUCCAGGCGAAAACACAUCAGCUCCAGGAGGAGCGCCAGGCGGACGGACUGUAAACAUUUAACUCAAACAGCUUCUGACGCCCGGCGACGUGGACUCGGGUCGGGCUUCAGAGCGAGUCGCCGCUGUGGGUAAACGGUCAAGUUGGAAAAGCACGCGUGAGGAAGUACGACCCGACUGCGCGGAGGCUGAUCAAAGCGCUCGGGGGGGGGG